AUGGGACCUGUUCAAACAUUGUUACCUAUGAACUCUAUGGUGCCAGAAGGCCAACCCUGUGCUGUUCUUGAUAUCAAAGACUGUUUCUUUUCUAUAUCCUUACAUGAAGAAGACAAAGAGCAGUUUGCUUUCUCAGUGGUGUUUCUGAACAGCCAGCGCCCCAACCUAUGCUUCCAGUGGAAAGUGCUGCCUCAGGGGAUGGUCAACUCACCUACAAUCUGCCAAAUCACAGUCGAUCAAGCGCUAGCACCGAUCCAUCAUAGCAACUUGACUGCUACCAUCAUCCAGUACAUGGAUGACAUCCUGAUUGCUGCACCCUCGGGAGGUCAGGUAGACCAGUUAGUGUCAACAAUCACAGAGACUCUAAAAACAAAUGGCUUUGAAAUUGAGAGUGUGAAAAUAAAAAAGGGGCCGUGUGUAACCUUUUUGGGGGUGGGGAUCACAGACUCUUACAUAUCCCCUCCCCAGAUAAAGAUCCGUCAGGACAUUAAAACGCUCCAUGACAUGCAGCAGCUGGUGGGAUCCCUGCAAUGGCUCCGCAACAUCGUCCUAAUCCCACCUGAGAAGAUGCCCCCCCUGUAUGAUCUCCUGAGAGGGAAAAAUCCAUGGGAACACAAAGCCCUGACAGCAGAAGCAAUGAACUCUCUUGACUUCAUCGAACAGCAGGUAUCUUUAAGCUCUCUCGCCAGGUGGAAGCCCCAGGUACCACUCGAUCUGUUCGUGCACUUCACAAAGGGAGGGGGGGUAGGAGCACUGGCUCAAGGCCCCCCAGAAAAAGCUCACCCAAUACAGUGGAUAGUCCUGGGAAAACAGACACGUGCAUUUUCCCCAGGAGCUGAAUACCUCAGCAGCCUCAUUAUGAAAGGCAGAAAACUUGCUCUGAAACAUCUUGGCAUUGAACCAGCCAGAAUAUUCUUGCCUUUCCGCAAGCAACUCUCUACACAGUCAACAGUGAUGUCGGAAUACCUGGCGACAGCCCUGGUCAAAUUCAGCGGAGAGAUUCAGUAUUCUGCAAAGCCCCCUUGGACUCAGAUGCUGGCUGUUGUCAACAUGGACCUCCCACAAAAAGUCAUAGACCGGCCCCAGCCAGGACCAACAGUUUUCACAGAUGCAUCCUCGACAACCUCCACUGCAGCUGCAAUGUGGCAAUCAGAGGACGAGUGGCACUGUGUCAAAGCGACUGAUCGUACACUCUCAGUCCAGCAACUGGAAGUAGCAGCUGUAGUACUGGCAUGCGGACUGUUCCAAACAGAGCAUCUUAACAUUGUAACUGAUUCAAUGUUUGUAGCCAAGCUUUGCCUCGCUAAGUCAGGACCCGGCAUAUCGACAUCUACAGCAGCUUUGAUGCUAGAAGAAGUGCUCUCCUCUCGAAAAGGUACCAUAUCAGUCAUCCAUGUUAACAGCCACAGUCCAAUCAAAGGGUUCUUCCAAGUCGGCAACGACAAAGCAGAUGCUGCCGCAAAAGGAUUGUGGACCCUACAAGAAGCUCGUCAGCUACACGAAACCCUGCACAUCGGAGCCAAAGCACUAGCAAAGAGAUGUUGAAUCUCAAUUGCUGAUGCAAAACAUGUAGUAGCUUCCUGCCCUCACUGCCAAAAAGCACCAUUGUGGUCCUGUAGAAUCAACCCCAGAGGCCUAAAAGCCUCAGAGAUAUGGCAAACAGACUUUACAUUGUGCCAGCUGUUGAAACCCUGAGCGUGGCUUGCGGUAACAGUGGAUACAUACAGCGGAAUGAUUGUAGCCACGCAGCGCCUGAAAACCAACUCCAAAGCAACUAUCCAGCAUUGGCUAACAGCCAUGGCUUGGCUCAGCAUCCCCAAGCAAAUCAAAACAGACAAUGGUGCAAAUUUUAUCUCAAAGCCGAGCCAGGAAUUUGCCUCCAAAUGGGGAAUCACUCUAGUGCAAGGCAUCCUGUACAAUAGCACAGGACAAGCCAUCGUUGAGCGAGCAAACCAAACCCUGAAAGCCAAGCUAGAAGUGUUAGCAAAGUCAGAAAGCUUUAACAAUUCCAUUCCCCAGGCAGACCAGGCGCGCUUGCUAGCAACUGCACUGUUAGCAUUGAACCAAUUCCCUAGGGGAGAUGAAAUAAACAGUCCCUCCCAAAAACACUGGGCCACUCGAGCUCUAGAAGAGGUAACUCAUAACAUCCACCCUCGCUUUGAGCUGUACCAGUCAUUCUGGUGCCCAGCCACCAACCCAGGCAAAGACUACUGCCACCAACCAGGGUAUUGGUUUUGUGGCUAUUGGGGAUGUGAAACAAUAGUCCUGAGUAACAGGUGGGCACCACCAAAAGCAGACGAGUUUCUGCAGGUAACCUGGGGUCCGGCAGGCUGUAUGCGUCCCAGUUUCAACUCUAUAGGGCAAGUGUUUUAUGGCUUUUAUGAUGACCAAUCUAAAGUCUGUCAUCAAAUGAUCAUGCAGGGUCUGCAGCCAGCAGAUGUGGGCUGGACCACCGGAAGAAUGUGGUCGGUAUUCUUGCACAAACCUGGUAAAAAUCACAGUGAAGUAGUACAAAUUAUCUGGCUCCCAGUUAUAACACCUGAAGCAGUUGGCCCCAACCUUGUAGUACAAGCUGAGAACCCACGAUCUAGUAGUCUAUACCCACUGCAUAAGCAAGAAGCUUCUCCCCAAAGAUCUGAAGCCGCUGCUUUCGAUUCACUCUAUCGGAUGUUAGAUGCCACCUUUUUACCUCUAAAUCAAUCUAACCCUAAUGCCACAGAAUCCUGCUGGCUGUGUUAUGACACACAGCCCCCUUACUAUGAGGCUGUGGCCCUUAAUAACCGGCCGCUGUGGGUUAAUGCAGAAGCCCCAGUGCAGUGCCACAGUGAGUCACCUUCUCGCAGAAUCACCAUCAGCCACAUGACAGGGCAAGGGUUUUGUGUGGGCAAAGCCACUGUUGUUGACAAAAAAGUCUGUGCGACCACUGUGCAGGUGGACAGGUCCAAGAGAUGGGCAAUUGCCCCCCUGUCUGGCAUAUGGGUUUGCAACUGCAGUGGGCUAAGCCCUUGCAUUUAUACCCAAAGCUUUAACUCCUCUGUUGACUUUUGUGUAUUAGCUGUUAGCAUCCCCAGGGUCCUAUACCACUCUGGAGAAGAAGUGAACCAGUACCUUGAGCGAGCAGGCCGCCUUCAGAAAAGGGAGCUGUUGACAGGACUGUCAAUAGCAAUGCUGCUUGGCUUGGGAGCAACUGGAGCAGCCACGGGUGUCUCCGCUCUGGUAACCCAGAGUCAGAGUCUCUUUCAGCUACAAAUGACUGUAGAUGAAGAUCUACAGAGAAUUGAGAAAUCCAUAUACUUUCUAGAAAAAUCAGUCUCCUCACUCUCUGAAGUUGUUUUGCAGAACAGACGAGGUCUCGACCUUCUAUUCAUGCAGCAAGGAGGCCUCUGCAUCGCCCUGAAUGAAGAGUGCUGCUUCCACGCAGACCACACCGGAUUAGUGAGAGACACCAUGGCAGAGCUACGAGACAGGCUGUCUCAACGGAAGGCAGAGAGAGAAGCUCAGCAAAGCUGGUUCCAAUGCUGGUUCGAUCAGUCUCCGUGGCUAACCACCCUGGUGUCUACCCUGAUUGGACCAGUUGUGAUGAUUUUACUUGUGCUAAUAUUUGGACCAUGUAUUUUAAAUAAGCUUGUGUCCUUUGUUAAGAACUGA